AUGAGCAGUGAUGCUGAGGACGCAAACUUCGCUGCCUUGUACCGGGGAAAUCUUGUUCCUCUGCAUGUCAUCCUGGUCGGACUUACCUGGAUUUUACACGACUAUUUUGUGACACUGGAAGAUGAGAUUCUUUAUGUCUGGCCACAGAAACGAAGCAUAGGAAAAAUCCUGUUCUUAUGGGUACGAUAUUACAGCAUAGCGCUACUCAUAUUCGACACUCUUCAGAUCCACCUCUUCUCCAUUCCUGGAAUAACGUCUGACAACCUAUGCGUAGCUAUUGACUCUAUCGUCCGUAUCGUCGGAGCGAUAAGCCUUUGGUCCGUAGAGAUCGUCAUGCAGUUACGUGUGUACGCUCUCUUCAAAUGCUCGAAAAAAGUGGCUGUGAUAAAUGGAUUCCUGUUCGCGGGUUCGAUUGCCGGGUUCCUAUGGAUAUCAGUACAUAAUGCUGCAAGACGGAAAGCUCUCAUCGCUGACGCGAUUCAUCUACCUCUCCCUGGGUGUCCGGUUGUUCAUUCUGGGAUCGAAUGGGCCCAAUGGGUACCUGCCACCGCCUAUGAAGGCGUUCUUUUCAGUUUUGCGAUUUACAAGACACUCGAGUCGAUGAUGGACAAGAUGAGGAGAGGACAUCGUGACGGUGUUCAUUCUGUUCUACUUCGCGACAAUAUAUUAUAUUUUCUGGGGAUAUCGUGUCUCUUGGUGUUCAAUAAUCUUAUGGUUGUUGGAGUGACCAAGAUUCCAUGGUUCAGUUAUGGGCCAUUUCACGCCGCCCUGGGAGUCCUCACGACUCGCAUGCUCUUGAAUCUUCAUAAGGCCACUUCUUCUAGCGUAAUAGUAUCAACCACCGGCUGGCACAUUGCCGCUCGUCAAGAACGUAGCCUUACUUGGCAAGCAGCUGAUCUUUCUCCGUUGAGUUUUGGCUCUACCGCUGAUUCGCAUUCGACCGACAGCUCCCAGUUUGAAAUGCGGGAUAUCGUUUUGGAUAUUCGAAGAGACAACAACAAGUAA